UGACAAACAGUGAGGUUGUGUGAAGUGCGUUGAUUCCAUCACUCUCGAAGCCUCGUGGAAUUUCUGUUGCCGGAGGAUCCUAGGCGCAGCAUCGUAAACAUUACCGGUAGAAGAUAAGCGAACGGAAGCAAAAUGGCGUGCGCAUCACAGUGCGCCAAGUAUUUUCUCUGUUUCUUCAAUUUCAUUUUCUUCGUGGCCGGAGGAGCCGCGUUGGCCGUUGGGAUCUGGCUCUGUGCCGACAGCAAUUCUUUUGCUGAUCUCAUAAGCAAGCUCGACCAGUCGAAUAUUCUGAACAAAACGGAUGCAGAUGUCAUCAAAGUGAUAUCUUACAUCCUGAUUGUGGCUGGAGCACUGACGUUUCUAAUCAGUUUCUUAGGGUAUUGCGGAGCAAUGUUCGAAUCGCGAUGUCUUCUCUGUGUUUAUGGUAUCCUUAUUCUGCUGGUCCUAAUUCUGGAGUGUGUUGUAGUGGGUCUGGCCUUUGGACUGAAAGGAGACGCAGAGCAGAGCACGAAAAGUUUCCUCAAGUCAACAAUAAAAUACUAUGCCAGUAACAUCGACAAAGCAGAUACAAUUACAGUUGCUUGGGAUGGCAUAAUGACACAGCUUCACUGCUGUGGCGUAGAUAAUUAUUUGGACUUCAGAGAGAGUCAAAACUGGACGACUACAGACAAAAUUAUCCCCGAAGCAUGUUGCAUAAAAGAAAACAAUGCUUUGAAGGACCCUUCUUGUCCUAUCAGCCCCACUUCCAGUAAUUCUUAUUUUAAUAAGGGCUGUUACGAAGCAAUAAUGAGGACAAUUGACGAAAAUACAGCUAUAGUAAUUGGGAUGGCGGCAGGAUUGGGAUUUAUCGAAAUUCUGGUCAUUAUUUUAGCCCUGCAUUUGGCUUGUUGUCACUGGCGGCCACAGCAUGCUUGCAUCGACGUGUCGUCGAGACAGGCCUGGUGA